GUUUUAACUCCAAUAUCUGCGUCACACGGACAAAGGCACCAAUUGACCAACAACUCACUCUAUAAGAUAAGAUUUAUUUUGCAUUUUUACAGGCACACUUUAGAAUUUUUUCCCUUUCUAUAAUUUUUGUCUUAUCUGCAGUUGUUCAGAAAAAUUUAUGAUCAUUUAGGAAAUUGCUAAAAACAUUUUUUAGUAUAAAAUAAUAAGGUUUUUUUCAGAAGUUCCAUAGAGUUGUGAACGAUUUCAAAAACUCAAAAUGUAUCGCGCUUUUAUUGUUUUAACUGUUGUGGCUGCUUUGGCUCAAGGUAGUAAAAUCAUGCCACGUGUUCCAGAGUUAGAUGGUCGCAUUGUUGGUGGCGAGGAUACUACUAUUGAUAAAUAUCCCUAUCAGGUUUCUGUACGUCUUUUUGGCUCCCACAUUUGUGGUGGUAGUAUUGUUAACAAUCGUGUUGUAAUAACUGCUGCCCAUUGUAUAUAUUCCAUGUUGGGUGCCAACUCCUAUAGCAUACAAUAUGGUACGACUGUCGUUGGUGGUAAUAACAAUGUUGUAGCAGCUGAACGCAUUGUCAAGAAUGAGAAUUAUGAUGGCGCUUCUAUCAACAAUGAUGUGGCAUUAAUCUUUUUGUCCUCUGACAUUCCCUUGGGUGCUACCGCCCAGCCCAUUCAAUUGGCUUCGCAAGUUCCUGCCGCUGGUACUCCUGCUGUUGUUUCCGGUUGGGGUACCUUAGAGGAAAAUGGUGUAGCUGCAUCCAUCUUGCAACAGGUGCCCGUUGUUAUUGUCGAUCCAUCUGUUUGCCAAGAGCAAUAUAAUGGUGUUAACGAAAUUACUGAAGCGAUGUUGUGUGCAGGUGUCCCUUCAGGCGGUAAGGAUGCUUGUCAAGGUGACUCUGGUGGCCCACUGGUAGCAAAUGGAAAAUUGGUUGGCAUUGUUUCAUGGGGCGUAGGCUGUGCUCGUCCUGAUUUCUCUGGCGUGUAUAGCAAUGUUGCUUAUUUGAACGAAUGGAUUCAAGCUAAUUUGGUUUAAAUGUUUGCUCUCCUUAUACAUGUACGACAAAUAAACAGUUUGUUUAACUUAAUUAA